AGUUGGGUUAGCGUGAGCUUUUAAAUCCCCUUAAAAUAUAUGGCUCAGUUGAUUUCGAAACAGUCUGUAGGCGAGGAAAAUUAUCAUGCUGAUAUGCACUGGUGCAUAAUAGGAGUUGGCGACCAAAAGAUAUUGUAGAAUUUACAGAGGAUGAAAGUAAGAAAUUAAAAUAUAAUGAUAACGAAAAGAACUGAUGGUCAGUCAGGUGUCUCUUUAAUAGUUUCAUUUAGGGGUUGACACACGGUGGAGGUAUUUCUUUGAAAUAUUUAGAGAAAGUUAAACAAUGCGAUUUUACUCUACAGGAUUAUGAAUAGUUGAGAGUUCUUCUUAUUUUGAAUCUUCACGUGGUAUUUACCGGUGCACUGUACUAGCUUUCCACCAUAGAUGUUCCCCAGACUUGACACUGAAUACGACAUGCCUUAAAGAGAUAAAAUGCUGCUUGACUAUUUUCUUGCACAAAUAAAGAAAGAAGUAUCGUAUGCAGUACAACAGAUUGGGGCUACAUUACCAUAGUCCCUGACAUUCCGGGAAUGCUAUGCUGUAUUGACUGAUUUUUAGCAUUACACAGUGUCCACAUACAUUACUGACAGUUGUUUCUUAAAAUGUCUGCAUGCAUACAAAGUUGGUUGGCUUUCAUCUUGACUCUGCAGAUUAAUUUUGCUCUAAGUCUAAAUAACGAUGAAAUCAUGCUGGAUUCUGAAGAAUUCAAAUUACCAGAGCAAAUGAAAAUAUUGACUGAAAAAAUAAGCAUUCCACAAUUUUCCUACCAAAAAAACAAAAUAAAAGAUAAUUUAAUGCAGGAUACUAAGAUAAAUCCCAAAUUAAAAAGAGACUAUAUUUAUAUCUAUACAAGGCAAUUUUUUCCAAGCAAACAGUUACAUAUCAGAAGUUACAGGCCUUUCGCAGCAACAAGAUCAGAUCUAACUAAUCUACAGACAUAUUCAAGGAAAGUUAAAAAUAAAAAAUUACCCGGUGAAACUAAAAUAAAUAGGAAUAAAGUUAAAAACCAUUCUGUGAAAUUCAAUCUUAAAAUGUUCCACUACCACAACUAUUUUCAAGAAAAAGUAAAAUCAGAAAUGAUGGAACAGUUAAACAAAUAUAAUAGAGAUAGAAUUGACUUCACAGAAGAAAAGAAAACAAUAUUGAUUUAUCCAGGUAAAUACAAGACCAUAUCAACACAUUUUGAAGUAAAACAAUUGGGAUCAAUUGUGAAUAAACCUUUUUCUUAUGAUCAACAUGUAUAUGAUAAAAAUAAUUUGGAUCCACAAAUAACAUAUUCUGUUGAAAAAACCAAUUGCAAUGAAAGUAUUUCAGAUAGAAACACUAUAAAAAGGAGGCCUAGAUCAACAUUUGAGAAGAAUGACAAUGAAAAAAUUACUUCUGAAUCUGAAAAAGAUUUUACUAGACAAGACAUAAGUGAUUUAGAAGCUCAAGAAGUAGACUUAGACUCUCAUAAAAACAAGUUUAAUGGAAACAAUUCAGAAACAAAAUUUUUUUUUGCAGGUAACUUCAGUUCCUUAAAACAAAACAACAGUGAUGUUCAUACUCAUUCAGAUAUAAAUGUCAAUAAAAAUAUGAAUUUAAAAGAACCCAUCAUAGACAUGAAUGAUUCCACCAUUAAUAUCCAACAAAAGAAAAUUAAUCCAAAUCCAGCAGCUAUUAACAUUGAUAUGAAUUAUUCUGGAAAAAAGAUUAAUGAUAAUAUUGAAGAUACAGAAUUUAAUAAUGUUUCUCAUACGAAUCAAAAGGAUAUCAAAAAAAUAAUAGAAAAUAAAACAUCAAAAGAUUUCACAAGUACCAUUAUCCCAGCUUAUUUGAAGUCUAAUUCUACUUUACAGAACAACAUAAUGGUAAAUAUUUCAAAACAAAUUACUCAGAGAGAAAAUAGUGAUGUUUACCUCAAUAUCAGUAAGAAUUUGAUAAGUAUUUCACUUAAUACUGUAACAGAAAUUAAUAAAGAAAACAGCACUGAUGCAGGUAACUACCAACAUUUAACAGAAAUGAAGAAAGAAAAUAAAACUGAAGCUGAUGAAUAUCAGAAUGUAAACGCAACAAACAAAAAUAAAAGCAUAGACACUCAAACAGGUGACAUUCUGAAAAGUAUGCGAAAUUUAAAGGAAGAUGUACAAAGUAAUUUGAGUCAAAAUUAUAGUGAUAGGAAAAGUGACACACUUCAAAGAAAUCACAUGGAUAAUUUAAAUGAAGGCAACGUUGAUGAAGUUACUGCCACGAUCAAGUAUAAAGAUUAUUUAGAAGCAUAUGAAAAAUCAUCUAGUGUUGGGCACUCCAGCAAUACUGCUAUAUUUAAUACAAGUCUUGCCAUAGAAGAAGAUGAAAAUAUAAAAAAUCUAUCCAAAAUCAUAAAUAAAUUAGAAAAAACUAUAAAUGCUUCAACUACAGGUGAAAAUAAUGAUAUAGAUAAAAAUGACACAGUCACAUUACAUUUUAAAAAUCUCUGGAUAGAAAGUUAUGAAACACACUUUCCAGAAAAUAGGAAAAUUGAUAAUAAUCACACAGUUUCCAGCAAUUUGAGUAGAAAAUUAACUGAUUAUGAAACGUUAUUGAAAAAAACUAGUGUCUUUCUAGUAAAUCAAAACAAUAUGACAAAUAAAACGUCCAACAGUGUAGAAACAUUAUCAACUUAUAGAGAUGAAAUUCUAAUAGGAAGAAAUUUUAAAACAAGUUUUACAAAUCAAACAAUGCCUAUUGUUCAAAAUAAGACUGAUAAAGAUGAAGUUAAAACCAAAUUAUCAUUAGAGGACAUGUAUACUAGUACAGAGAGUAUCUUAGAAAAUACUGGAUAUUUAGGCAUCAAUACUGAAACUGAUUACAAUGUUACAAAUAUGAGAGAAACUGACAACAAUGUUACAAAUAUGAGAGAAACUGACAACAAUGUUACAAAUACGAGAGAAACUGACAACAAUGUUACAAAUAUGAGAGAAACUGACAACAAUACUACAAAUAUGAGAGAAACUGACAACAAUGUUACAAAUAUGAACAAAACAGAUAACUAUGAAAAUGUUACUAGAAUGCCCAGAAAUGAAAAUUAUGGAGCAAAAUUUAUAAAUCAUGAUGGAAUUUCUUUUAAAACAUCACAUAAUACAAAGUUGCAUUCCUUACAUACUACACCAACUAGUUUUUACAAAAACUCUGAUGUAGAAACUCAUUUUGAUAUAAGAAAUUCAAAUAAUUCCAAAAAGGAAAUUAUUCAACAUGUUGUAGUGAAAAAUUGCAUAGAUGACAUGUUGGUAUAUAGUUCAAUAGUUCGACAUUAUCGUACUCGAUACAAUUUAACUUCAAUGGAUUUGAAUUGCACUUUCAGCCUUUCACUAAGCAUUCCACGAGAAAAAUCAUCUUCAGUUAAUGUUAUUAAUGCUAUUGAAAAAAAUAUUCUCAAUAGGUAUGCAGAAUCACUUAAAAUUUUGGAAUCUAAUAUAAUCGACAACAGAAUUGAUGUAGGUUACGAAGAUUUAACAGAUAAAGAAAGAAUUUUAAUGUAUUCAGUUUAUGCACUUUCAGUUAUUGUAGGAAUCUUACUAAUAGCAAUGGGAUUCCAUUGUAUUUAUGUUUACAAAAAGCUAAAAAAAUCUUCAGAUUUUUAUCCAGGAAUUGAAAUGAAUGACUAUAAGUUUACUCAAAUUCCUAGACCUAGCAUAACUUUCCCGUCAAAUAGAAGUGUGAAAAUGGAAUGAAUUUAACACAUCUAUAGAAUUCAUGUCAAGCAUUUUGUACAAGGCAGUAAAAUAGCUUUAGCAUUAAGAUAAUUUGUUUUACAUUUUAUAUGAUUUUGGAGAAAAUUUGUAUUGUAAGUGUUGAAGUUUGUUGUUAAAAA